GUAGUCUUUUCCACCGUCUAUGCUCAGGUCCUGAUUGAUGCUUCAGUUCAUUUACUUUACAACCAUUUGAGAGUGGUUUGACCGUGUGUAGACCAUAGAUUACACAGAUCACAGUGUUUUGACCGUGUGUAGACCAUAGAUUACACAGAUCACAGUGUUUUGACCGUGUGUAGACCAUAGAUUACACAGAUCACAUUUGUAGCAGGAGUGCUAUGGAAAAAUGCAGACUGUCUGCCGUUUUGCUGCUGGCACACAUUGGCCUCUCUUCAGUAGUGUUGGAAGGUCAGGUCAGUGUUGAACCACAGGUGACAGGGUACCUGGGUAAUGAUGUCACACUGCGUUGUAAGUUGCUCCAGGACAAUCUCAUUCAGGCUGAGUGGCAGUGGGAGAUGUCAGAUACUAAAAAGUUUUCCAUAGCUGUCUUUAACCCUAACUUAGGGCAAAACAUUUCUGGGUCACCUCUAAAAGGGAGGUUGGAGUUCGCUGGAGCUUCCACCGGUGAUUCCUCUAUUACUAUAAAAGAUGUGGAGAUGACUGAUGCAGGGAAAUACAUCUGUCUCCUGACAGUCUUCCCCAGUGGCUCAUUUGAGAGAACAACCAUCCUCACUGUACUGAAUCAGAUUCCACCUCCAUCAUCUGGCGAGGUUGUGGGAAUUGUUACCGCAGCCCUCCUGGUAACAGUUGUCGUGACAGCCACAGCUUACCUCAUCAUUGUCAGGAAGAGGCACAAGGCUUUAUUCAACCCCUCUGUCAGCAUUGGUGCAAGCAGCCUGGCGGUCAAUGCAGACAGGACAGGAAGAGAAGAGGAUCUGGUUUAUUCUGAGAUCAUCAGAUUCAACAUUGACAAGAGGAAAGCACACGACCCAUCUGGAGAAGAUCAGAAAGAUGCAGACGUCAAGCCAGCUGAGGAUGUCACCUACUCUGCAGUGGCAUUGGGAAACCAGCAUUCUUUAAGGGAGGACACAGUUUACUGUCAGGUGGUGAGAAAGGACUGGGACAUAGAUGAUGUAUGGACUGUCUAAGCACAAUAACAGUAAAGGGAUAACCAGACGUCCUUUAUAUUCACAUACAUUUAACUGAAGUUAUCUCUUGUUGGGGAAGUGACCUCCUUAUUAGACAAAGCCAUCUAGAUCCUACAGAAGGGCUAUGUGUGUGAAUACUGAAAAAUUAUUGCCACCAACAGAAUGCUAUAUAUAUCGGGCAUACAACAAUCUCAGCUCUGUAGAUUUUGUUGCGAAGAGACAGAAUCAAUAGAUAAUUUAUUCUGGUAUUGCCCCUAUGUAGCUUGUUUCUGGUCACAGGUUCAGGAAUUGUUAAAAAAAAACACAACAUGCACUUUGGAAAGCCACAGUCAGUCAAUAAAUAAUGUAAUAAUACUCGUAGGAAAGGUUUUCGUCUUUAGCUCACAAUCUGUGGAUAAUAACAUCACAGCACAAUUGAAAAAUACAUGGCACAUGGGAAACCAAAUGAGGGUGGUCUAUGGUGAUAGGUGGGAUGAGCUGAGAGUGGCUGAGGGUUGGGAUUAAAGAGCUGAGGUCUAUGGUGAUAGGUGGGAUGGGCUGAGAGUGGCUGAGGGUAGGGAUUAAAGAGCUGAGGUCUAUGGUGAUAGGUGGGAUGGGCUGAGAGUGGCAGGGGGGUGGGAUUAAAGAGCUGAGGUCUAUGGUGAUAGGUGGGAUGGGCUGAGAGUGGCAGAGGGGUGGGAUUAAAGAGCUGAGGUCUAUGGUGAUAGGUGGGAUGGGCUGAGAGUGGCUGAGGGGUGGGAUUAAAGAGCUGAGGUCUAUGGUGAUAGGUGGGAUGGGCUGAGAUUGGCUGAGAGUUGGGAUUAAAGAGCUGAGGUCUAUGGUGAUAGGUGGGAUGGGCUGCGAGUGGCAGAGGGGUGGGAUUAAAGAGCUGAGGUCUAUGGUGAUAGGUGGGAUGGGCUGAGAGUGGCUGAGGAGUGGGAUUAAAGAGCUGAUGUCUAUGGUGAUAGGUGGGAUGGGCUGAGGGUUUGGAUUAAAGAGUUUAUGUUUGGCAAUGUAUUAUUCUUUUGUGACUGUUUUAUGUAAAUGUGCCAUGUACAGUUGAAGUCAGAAGUGUACAUACACGUAGGUUGGAGUCAUUAAAACUCGUUUUUCAACCACUCCACAAAUUUCUUGUUAACAAACUAUAGUUUUGGCAAGUCGGUUAGGACAUCUACUUCGUGCAUGACACAAGUCAUUUUUCCAUCAAUUGUUUACAGACAGAUCAUGUCACAAUUCCAGUGGGUCAGAAGUUAACAUACACUAAGUUUACUGUACCUUUAAAGGGUAGCCUAGUGGUUAGAGCGUUGGACUAGUAACCGGAAGGUUGCAAGUUCAAACCCCCGAGCUAACAAGGUACAAAUCUGUCGUUCUGCCCCUGAACAGGCAGUUAACCUGCUGUUCCUAGGCCGUCAUUGAAAAUAAGAAUUUGUUCUUAACUGACUUGCCUGGUUAAAUAAAGGUAAAAUAUAUAUAUUUUUUAAAUAAAUAAAAAAACAGCUUGAAAUUGUAUUUAUUUAAUGGCUUUAGAAGCUUUUGAAGGGCUAAAAGACAUAAUUUGAGUCAAAUGGAGGUGUACCUGUGGAUGUAUUUCAAGGCCUACCUUAACACUCAGUGCCUCUUUGCUUAACAUCAUGGGAAAAUCAAAAGAAAUCAUCCAAGACUUCAGGAAAAAAAUUGUAGACCUCCACAAGUCUGGUUCAUUUUUGGGAGCAAUUUCCAAAUGCUUGAAGGUACCAUGUUCAACUGUAUAUCAAUAGUACGCAAGUAUAAACACCAUGGGACCACGCAGCCGUCAUUCCGCUCAGGAAGGAGAUGCAGUCUGUCUCCUAGAGAUGAAUGUACUUUAGUACGCAAAGUGCAAAUCAAUCUAAGAACAAUAGCAAAGGACCUUGUGGUGGAAAAAGGUACAAAAGUAUCUAUAUCCACAGUAAAUGAGUCCUAUAUCAACAUAACCUAAAAGGCCGCUCAGCAAGGAAGAAGCCACUGCUCUAAAACAGCCAUAAAAAAGACAGACUAUGGUUUGCAACUGCACAUGGGGACAAAGAUCAUACUUUUUGGAGAAAUGUCCUCUGGUCUGAUGAAACAAAAAUAGAACUGUUUGGCCAUAAUGACCAUCGUUAUGUUUGGAGGAAAAGGGGGGAGUCUUGCAAGCCAAAGAACACCAUCCCAACCGUGAAGCACGGGGGUGGCAGCAUCAUGUUGUGUGGGUGCUUUGCUGCCGGAGGGACGGGUGCACUUCACAAAAUAGAUGGCAUCAUGAGGACGGAAAAUUAUGUGAAUAUAUUGAAGCGACAUCUCAAGACAUCAGUCAGGAAGUUAAAGCUUGGUCGCAAAUGGGUCUUCCAAAUGGACAAUGACCUCAAGCAUACUUCCAAAGUUGUGGCAAAAUGGCUUAAGGACAACAAAGUCAAGGUAUUGGAGUGGCCAUCACAGAGCCCUGACCUCAACCUAAGGAAAAUUUGUGGUCAAAACUGAAAAAGCGUGUCCGAGCAAGGCCUACAAACCUGAUUCAGUUACACCAGCUCUGUCAGGAGGAAUAGACCAACAUUCACCCAACAUAUUGUGGGAAGCUUGUGGAAGGCUACCCAAAAUGUUUGACCCAAGUUAAACAAUUUAAAGGCAAUGCUACCAAAUACUAAUUGAGUGUAUGUAAACUUCUGACCCACUGGGAAUGUGAUGAAAGAAAUAAAAGCUGAAAUGAAUCUCUAUUAUUAUUCUGACAUUUCACAUUCUUAAAAUAAAGUGAUGAUCCUAACUGACCUAAGACAGGGCAUUUUUACUAGGAUUAAAUGUCAGGUUUAAAUGUAUUUGGCAUAUGUAUGUGUAUGUAAACUUCCGACUUCAACUGUAUGUAAAAUGUAUAUGUAAAAUGUAUGUAUAUGUAGUAAAAAAAAGCUGUAAAAAAACUAAGAUAUUUGUCCUCUGAAUAGGGGUGUGGUGGAAGGGUUAAUAAAAAAAAAAUUAAAGUGUC